AUCUUUUUUUUGUUCAGGUAAGUUAAAAUAAUUAAAAAAAAGUAAAAACUAUUAAAACUGGAGGGCGCCUGAAGAUAAGGUAGCUUCAUGAUGAAAAUGUGUAAUAAUAUGUGGUAUAAUUUCACCACAAUGAGACAGUCGGAGAACACCUGAGGUUUAAAUAAAGUUCGUUUUGAAGCCCGCCUGUCACGUGAUGUCACGAAGUUGUCAUGACAGCGUUUUCGUGUUUACAUACCGUUGAAGUUAUCUGCGUUUGCUUCGUCGUGACUGACAUUUUAAGAGGCGUAUGACGAUGCCACCCAAGACUAAAAGCGUGUCAAGAAAAAAGAAAGUCGGGAAGGGAAAGACUUCCGCAGUUGUGGAUGUACUUUCGACGCAAGAAAUGUCCAAAGAGCAGCUGGAGGAGCACAUCAUCCGGCUGCGAGAGGAACUGGACAGGGAGAGGGAGGAGAGGAGCUUCUUCCAGCUGGAGAGGGACAAGAUCCAAAGUUUCUGGGAAGUGUGCAAGCGGAACCUGGAUGAAACUAAAGCCGAACUGAGAAACCGAAGCCGGGAGCAGGAAGAGGCUGAGGAGCGACACCGUGUGGAGAUAACUGUGUACAAGCAGAAGCUGAAGCACGUCCUGUCUGAGCAGCAUUCCGCGGAAGUGGAGAUGAAGAUGGACGGCGGGGCGUCGGCGUGGCUGACACGCAAGCGUCACACGGAGGCCGAGCUGAAUCUGCGCACACAAAGCCAGAAUGUGCAGACGGAUGCUCGGGAGAAGCAGCGGAACUCCAACAAAAACAUCCAGGAACUCAAACUGAAACAUCAAGUGGAACUAAUGGAGCUCAGCAACAACUACAACAGGAGGCUCACAGAAGCAGAAGUGAAGCACCACAGAAAGAUGGAGCAGAUGAGGCAGGCGGAGAGCGACAGGACACAAGCGGCCAUCAGCCAGCUGGAGGACAACAUGAGUCAACGCCUGAAGGUUCUGAUGGACCAACACAACAGGAACUUCAGAGGAGCCGAGGAGUUCUACUCGGCCACGCAGAGCAAACUGCUUGCUGACCACAAGGUUCUGCAGGAGGACCUGGCAAAAGCGAAGAAGCAGCAGGUCAGAGUGGACCGCAAGCUUUCUGAAGCUCAGGAGCAGAACAAACAUCUGCAGGAGUCCCUGCAGGAGGCCCAACAGAAGCUUCCAGAGCUCCGAGAGCAACUGGAGGGACACAAGCAGGCCUGGUCCGAACAAGUGGCCUGCGCUUCCCGAGUGAAGCGUUUGGAGCAGCAGUUGUCAGACAUCAACUUGGAACGAGACAUGCUCCUGCAGGCCUUCACACAGGUGGAGGAGGAGCGUGACGCGCUCCUCAAGAAGCAAACAGAGGUUCUUCUGGACGUGCAGCAGAGGAGCGGCCUCAAGGAGAUGCUUUUGGAUCGGAAGCUGGCGCUUCUGACGGAUUCUGUCGACAAGAAGGAGGCCCAGCUCCUGGCCGCGCUCUCCAACGCCAACAUCGACCCCACGGCCACUGCAGCCGCCAACAUGCGACUUGAGGAGGUACUCAGAGCCAAAAGAGCCACCAUCAAGAACCUUCAGGAAGACCUGGACCACCAGUGUCAGGAGUACAACAAGAUGCUUCAGAGAUGUCGAGAGCAACUUGAGACGUUGAGCGUUCCGUCGUAUGACUUCCCUCUCAGACCUGCUGAGCUGAUCCUGAGUGGGCAGAACCAACCAGAACCCGCCCACUGAUCGCCAUCACCGUAUGGACUGAACCCAGAAUGCGAGACAGGGGUGCAGCCAUCUUGGUUCCCCCCUUUUUGUUGUUUAAUAACAUUUUUUUAAUAAUUAUUUUACCAGG